GCCAACCAACCAGUUAACGUUGGCCGACCGCUAUCAGCGGCGCGGACAAAGGUACACCGGCGUAUCUACGGUACAAAUCGUGACGAAGCGAUCUCGCGUUUUCGCGCCGCCGGCGGCGGCGGCGGCGGCGGUGGAGCGACGGUGACGACGGCGACGGUGACAGUCACUGACAGUAAGCGGUCGACGGCAACGAGAAGAAAUCCCGCCCGCGCCGCUCAAGUUCCGACUUCCGAGUUCGUAUUGGUGUCCGCGAUUGAUCGUCAUUCGUGCGGCGGUGAAACACGUGCUUAUGCAAAUUACACGAAGCGACUCCGUCGCCUGGCUCAAGGAACACGCUGGUUCAAGUCAAGAGAAGACAUUUGAAUAGUAAAAGUGAAGCCUCUAACCCCUCCCACGGAGGUUAUCACAGGAUCUGAGAUUCAAAACUCAACGUAUGGUACGGUGAUCCGUUUCUUGGAUUGAAAAAAAAUCAAGCAGGGACAUAAUAAUAAGAAAAAAGAAGUCAAGAGAAAGUCAGAAUGACUUGAGAAUCAUGAGAAUCAAGAUGAUAAUUCUUUAUUACAAAGUUUGAUCGUUAAAGAUAAAAUCAUUUCGAUUUUUUUGUGUUCCUUGAUUUUUGUGAUUUUCCCUUUCCCUUGGGUGUCGCCGUCGGCCUGUCACUUCGUCGCUUGUUCGGUGACGCCGCAUCUAUCGGAGCAGGGCCGAAGCCCGGAGGAUGCCUGCGUCAUCGUGUAUCAUCGGCGAGAUCGAUCGUGAAACAUGAUCACGCCGCCUUACUUAUAUCCGUCGCAUUUAUCCAUCUCGCUCGCGCGUCCAUCGGUGACUCCUCGACGAAGGUAGAUUGCCCUGGUGAUCUGGGCAGGCCGGGUAAGUAUGCCAUGCGUAUGCGAGAUCUCGCAUGCGUGCGUGCGCGCGCGCGCACGCACGGAGAAGCGAUCUACUCAGGCGAUCAUCUCCGUGACGGAUUUCAUCGUUGGAAACCAUCCCGCGAUCACGUGCGACGAUUCUGCGACACCAUGUAUGAGUGACUCGCGUCGCGCGAUUACACUGCUAUUAUUGCGCGUGACGGUCUCCGCGGCUUUUCCGCACAAUAUCUAGCUCUACUUUAAUGGAUGGAGAGAAAGAUUGUCAACGGAAGAAAGAGGCCCGGGACGAUGCUCCGUCGCCGGGUGCUGUCCCAUUCGCGUCAGGGGAGGAAACGGAUUGGGAGGGCAUACUCAACACGGAGCGGCAGCGAGGUGACCUCGGGGACAUGACAUUCUGCAUGGCCAACUACUUGAAGGAGACUAUGAAGAUGAUGUUUAUGAUGCGCAGCCAUCAUAUGCUGACUGACGUGAUACUGGAAGUCGGUACCGAACUGUUCCAUGCACAUAAAGUUAUUUUAGCAGCAGCUAGUCCUUACUUUAAGGCAAUGUUUACUGGAGGAUUGAAGGAAUGCGAGAUGACAAGAGUGAAGCUCCAGGGUGUUUGUCCAACUACGAUGGCUCGUUUAAUGUACUUCAUGUAUACUGGUCAAAUAAGAGUUACUGAGAUUACUGUAUGUUCACUGCUGUCAGCAGCUACCAUGUUCCAGGUUAGCAAUGUGAUAGAUGCGUGUAGUGUUUUUCUGGAAAGACAACUCGAUCCCACGAAUGCGAUUGGCAUCGCCAACUUUGCUGAGCAGCAUGGUUGCCACGACCUGUACCAUAAGGCGAAUCAAUUCAUUGUUCAGCACUUUAACCAAAUAUGCCAAGAAGAGGAGUUCUUGCAACUGUCCGCUAUACAGUUGGUGACGCUCAUCAGAAAGGACGAAUUGAAUGUACAGGAGGAAAGGGAGGUUUACAACGCCGUGCUGAAGUGGGUCAAGUAUAACGAAGAGGCGAGGCGGCCCAAGAUGGAGCAUAUACUGCACGCGGUACGUUGCCAGUACCUCACGCCGAACUUUCUACGGGAGCAGAUGAAAAAUUGCGACGUGCUGAAGAAGGUGCCAGCGUGUCGCGAGUAUCUGGCGCAGAUUUUUAAAGACUUGACGUUGCACAAGAAGCCGAUUGUGAAAGAGCGUACACCUAACACGCGGCGGGUAAUAUACAUCGCCGGUGGUUUCUUCAAGCACUCGCUCGACGUUCUGGAAGGCUACAACGCCGAUGACAAGACGUGGACGCAACACGCGAAGCUCAUCGUUCCCAGAUCUGGUUUAGGCGGUGCGUUUCUCAAGGGGAUGUUCUACGCAGUCGGUGGGAGACACAAUUCACCGGGAAGCAGGUACGACAGCGACUGGGUUGACAGGUAUAAUCCAAUGACGGAUCAAUGGCGACCAUGCAGUCCGAUGUCGGUACCGAGGAAUAGGGUCGGAGUCGCCGUUAUGGAUGGUCUAUUGUAUGCUGUGGGUGGCAGCGCAGGCAUUGAAUAUCACAAUAGUGUCGAAUGCUAUGACCCGGAUCAAGAUACGUGGACCAGUGUGAAACCCAUGCAUAUCAAGAGAUUAGGCGUAGGAGUAGCAGUAGUGAAUAGAUUACUCUACGCGAUCGGUGGCUUCGACGGCAAGGACCGGCUCAGCUCAGUGGAGUGUUACCAUCCUGAGAAUGAUGAAUGGACAAUGGUAUCGCCUAUGAAGUGCAGCCGCUCAGGAGCUGGUGUGGCCAGUCUGGGCCAAUAUAUAUACGUUAUAGGCGGAUACGAUGGGAAAUCGCAAUUGAAUUCGGUAGAGAGGUACGACACGGAGCACGACAUAUGGGAGAACGUGAGCAGCGUCACCAUCGCCCGCAGUGCUCUUAGCGUCACCGUUCUUGAUGGCAAACUAUACGCAAUGGGAGGAUACGAUGGUACGACAUUUUUAAAUAUAGUAGAAAUUUACGACCCCACUCAGGACCAAUGGGCCCAAGGUAUGCCUAUGACAUCAGGAAGAUCCGGCCACGCUAGUGCAGUGUCAUAUUAUCAGUGUCCUAUACAUUGUGAUCAUUUGGAUUAUAAUAUCUCGCUAGAGAAACCGCCAUCGUGAUACACGGAACUGAUACCCCUUUUUAGGAGACAUUAAAAAACAAAGAUAGUCAAAUUUUUUCAUUUGCGAAACAAACUGGGACUUUAAAAUAGUGUGGAACGAAGUUCCAUACACUGAAACUAUGUUGUGAUAUAAACUGUAAAGAAUGAGGAUAUAAAUUAUCCUUCAAUCGUUCGUAAUUGAAUUGAGCAGUGUAACAUAUAAUACUUAGACGACACGUGUCAUUGAACCAGACCAUUUGAUUAGAAAAUUGCAACUAGCCAAUUGAAAACGCUUUCUCGACAAAAGGAAAUAACUUUUAUUGUUUUGCAGUUUAUUGAAGGACCAAUUUAUCUUCAUUAGGAUAAAUGCGACUCGGUUAUAUUUUAUACCUUUAUCG